AAAAGCCCGAUAUGAAAUACCUUUUCGUAGUCGCCUUUAUCGCCCUGGCCAUCCAGUUGGCUAUGGCCGCCUCAAAUUCCACUAAUACCACCACCACGACUACCACUGAGGCAACCACGACGACAACAGAUUCUUCCACAACGACAACCACCGAAUCGUCCUCCACUGGUACGAAGAAAUGCUCCAAGAAGAACAACUGGUGUGGCACAUUCCGGCCCAAGAAGAAGUGCAAGCACCCCAAGAGGUGCCACAAGACUGUAGUGAUUGUGACUCACAAAAAAAACUGAUCUGAAGCAUUAAGAAUCC